CCUGACCUGGUCUGGCCACCCCUUAGAAGAUUGUCUGUGGGCGCCAAUAAAAAAUAUUUUUAUUUAUUCAUUUGGCUAACAGUUAUUAGCAUGAUGACCUUUGUGAUGGAUAUUAAGUCCUCACUGUGUUUAUUCAUGACUUACUUAAAUGAAACUAUGAUGUUAAUUUUUCUCACGCUAAUAUUUUGGGGGAACAGGUUUUAGUUAGGCUAGACCGGAAACUGACUGAGCCCUGUUGCUAGGUUACCACGGACUCAAAUUGCUAGCAGCAGUGAGCACGGUGGCCUCUGUGGAUAUGUUGCGUCCUCGUCGUGUUUAUUCAUAAUUCAUAAAACCAUAGUGUUGUUUCUUUCCAUGCUAAUAUUUUGGGGGAACGGUUUUAGUUACCGGAAACCGGAAACUGACUUGGCGCCGUUGCUAGGCUACCACUGACUCAAACAGAAGCUUGGCAGUCGCUUUGCGGUCUGUUAUAGAUCCUCUAAUCCAAAUAUUUAAUAUUUACCAAACUCUAUGUUUAUUUUUUGGCAUAUUUAACGGGUAUUUUAAGUUGAUAAGCAAAUGAGCAUUUAACAGUUUUUUGUUUUUAGUUCUGAAUUGCUGCAGUUUGUUAAUUGAAGAAAUAAAAUGGACUCUAAUAUUAAGGUACCUCGGGACCUGAAAGCAAAGUUGUUGCUAUGGACAGACAUCAGCUUCCACCACAUGGAGGUCAUCGACCAAAUUCAGUCCCUUCCUGAUCUGGAAAGUGCCCUGUGCAGCGUGUUGGCUGUCGACCUCCCAGAGCCGAAGAAAGGAGUCCUGCUGGAGCUGUACGUCCAGACGGUGCUUUUCUGCAGGCAGCAGGGCUUCAGUAAGGAGCAGACGUCUGCACUGGUUUCCAUCGUCAAGUCCAUCCACGAGGCCAACAUCGAAACUCCUCUCAACAACUCUGAGCAGUGUUUCAAAUACUGCAACGAUCUUCUGCUGUGUCACUCCGUCAGGAGGCCUCCCUUCAGCUUAAAGCUGUUCAGCCUGGAGGAGGUCAACUGCGUUUUAAAUUACAUCCAGGACCAUUACCUGCGGCACGACAAGCUCUACAAAUACAUAUUCACCCCGCAGGUAAAACUUGAUUUGUUUUUAACUUAUUCUGGGAAGGGAGGGGAGGGGCUGGCUGCAGACGAGGCCGCCGCACAAGGAGACGAUUCUUCUGAGACACAGAAAACUUCGGCCAUGGAGGAAGAAACUGCAGAAGCCUCCGUGGACCUGAAGGCCCUGGUGCAGCAGGAGGUCAAGGAGCAGAUGGAGCAGGUGUCCAAGCAACUGGACCAGCGGAUCAAGGAGACGGUGUCCGAGCAGAGCAGCAGAGCCCAGUCCGCCAAAUCCGGCAAGAAGGGCAAAAAAUAACCAGAACUGCCCGUGCCAACGUUAAAUUAAACUACCUAAACAUC